CGAAUACAAGCUAUAAAAUGAAAUGAUCACCCUUGAAAAUGCUACUCCAGGAAGCAUAUGGCAUGCCGGGAAUUGUAGUCGGAUUUCCGAAUAAGAAACGGUCUCGGCGGGGCCGUGGGAUGUCGGGAAUUGUAGUCGACGUUCAGUCUUGAUCGAUGUCCUCGGCAGCAAAAGCCGGGCCAUGGCGGCUGCGGCCAACUCUGGCGGGCGGUCCAAGGUGGCGCCCAGCGUAGAUUUUGAUCAUAGCUGCUCCGACAGCGUAGAAUACCUGACUUUGAACUUCGGGCCUUUCGAGACGGUGCACCGGUGGCGCCGCCUCCCGCCCUGCGAUGAGUUCGUCGGGGCUCGCCGUAGCAAGCACACCGUGGUCGCUUAUCGAGAUGCCAUCUACGUCUUUGGUGGGGAUAACGGGAAAACUAUGUUGAAUGACUUGUUAAGAUUUGAUGUGAAGGACUGUUCUUGGUGCAGGGCUUUUACUACUGGAACCCCACCAGCACCAAGGUAUCACCAUUCAGCAGUAGUUUAUGGAAGCAGCAUGUUUGUAUUUGGUGGCUACACUGGAGAUAUAUAUUCCAAUUCCAACCUGAAGAACAAAAAUGAUCUUUUUGAAUAUAAACUUGCAACAGGCCAAUGGACUGAAUGGAAGAUUGAAGGAAGAUUACCAGUUGCCAGAUCAGCUCAUGGUGCAACCGUCUAUAGUGAUAAACUGUGGAUCUUUGCAGGAUAUGAUGGAAAUGCACGAUUAAAUGAUAUGUGGACUAUUAAUUUACAAGAUAGAGAUUUAACGUGUUGGGAAGAGAUUAAACAGACUGGUGAGAUUCCCCCUUCAUGCUGUAAUUUUCCUGUAGCUGUCUGCAAAGAGAGGAUGUUUGUUUUUUCUGGCCAGAGUGGAGCAAAGAUUACCAAUAACCUUUUUCAAUUUGAAUUCAAAGAAAAAAUUUGGACACGAAUCCCUACCGAACACUUACUGCGGGGGUCUCCACCUCCUCCCCAAAGGAGAUAUGGUCACACAAUGGUUGCUUUUGAUCGUCAUCUAUAUGUGUUUGGUGGUGCUGCAGACAAUACAUUGCCUAAUGAACUUCAUUGUUAUGAUGUUGACUCUCAGACAUGGGAAGUUAUCCAUCCAAGUCCAGAUAGUGAGUUACCAACUGGAAGACUCUUCCAUGCUGCAGCUGUUAUCUGUGAUGCCAUGUAUAUCUUUGGCGGGACAGUGGACAAUAACAUCAGAAGUGGAGAAAUGUAUAGAUUUCAGUUUUCUUGUUAUCCAAAAUGUACUUUACAUGAUGACUAUGGAAGACUAUGGGAAAACAGGCAGUUCAGUGAUCUAGAAUUUGUACUUGGGGAGAAAGAAGAGAGGGUCCGAGGGCAUACAGCUAUUGUCACAGCUCGCUGUAAAUGGCUCAGGAAGAAAAUUACACAGGCAAAAGAAAGGCUGAAACAGAAAUCUAAGCAAGAGGUUAAUGAGGAAGGACAAGAGAUGCCCCAAAAGGAAAUGGCAGGCAACAAUGUAAAGAUGGGUCGCCUGCAGCCGCUGCUGGAAGUGACAAUCCGGGAAGCGGAAGCUCAGCCCUUUGAAGUGCUCAUGCAGUUCCUUUACACAGACAAAAUCAAAUACCCACGCAAAGGGCAUGUGCAAGAUGUUCUGCUCAUCAUGGAUGUGUACAAGUUGGCACUUAACUUCAAACUAUCCCGACUGGAACAACUCUGUGUCCAAUACAUUGAGGCUUCAGUAGAUCUGCAGAAUGUACUUGUUGUAUGUGAAAAUGCAAACAAACUUCAGCUGGAUCAGCUGAAGGAACACUGUCUGAAUUUUGUGGUAAAAGAAUCACACUUUAAUCAGGUAAUAAUGAUGAAAGAAUUUGAACACCUUUCUUCAUCUUUGAUAGUAGAGAUAGUACGAAGAAAACAGCAACCUCCAUUUCGAACACAUUCUGAUCAGCCUCUUGAUAUUGGAACGUCAUUGAUUCAGGAUAUGAAAGCCUAUUUGGAAGGUGCUGGUCUAGAAUUCUGUGAUAUCAUUCUACUAUUAGAUGGUCAUCCAAGACCAGCUCAUAAAGCUAUUCUUGCAGCUCGCUCUAGUUACUUUGAAGCCAUGUUUCGUUCUUUUAUGCCAGAAGAUGGCCAAGUUAAUAUUUCAAUUGGUGAGAUGGUGCCAAGCAAACAAGCAUUUGAAUCUAUGCUACGAUAUAUUUAUUAUGGUGAAGUGAAUAUGCCUCCUGAAGAUUCCCUCUACCUCUUUGCUGCCCCUUAUUAUUAUGGGUUCUAUAAUAAUCGUCUUCAAGCAUAUUGCAAGCAGAAUCUGGAAAUGAAUGUCACUGUGGAAAAUGUGCUUCAGAUUUUAGAGGCAGCUGACAGGACCCAGGCACUGGACAUGAAGAGACAUUGCCUAUAUAUCAUUGUUCACCAGUUCACCAAGGUUGGUUGGAUGUUUUCUGGGGUUCUGGGCAUCUGCUGUCCUCUUUCACUGCCAUGGUUGAAAACAGCUUAAGGUAUCCAAGCUGCCAAAUCUUCGGUCUCUCAGUCAACCUCUUCUACUUGACAUCAUAGAAUCAUUAGCAAAUCACAUAUCAGACAAACAGUGUGCUGAGCUUGGAGCAGAUAUUUAAGAUUUUGUUUAUUCUGCAUCUUGCAUAUUUUCUUCUAAGAGAUUACACUCUUCCUAUCUAUAAAGAUAUUUAAUAUCAAUAAUACACUUUAGAUUCUUGUCAGAACAAUUUUGCUAAAUUGAAAAUGCAGUCUCUAAAAAUUGGACACAACUGAAUGGAACAAAAAAAUAUUACACAUGCAGACAUAUUGGGAUGCUUAAGGUAUAAAAAGCAAAGGAAUACUGUUCUUUCAAAAAACAAGUUAUGCAGUGAAACAACAAAAAUAUUCCUCUUUCUUUAGCAUAUAAUGACUUCUUUUGACAAUCUACAUCCAAGCUAUAUUAUUUUAAGAUGUCAUCAAAGAAUUUCUUUAGAACACUGAACUGCCACCCCCUUUGCAGCCCUUGCCUCUUUAUGUAUUUCCUAAAAAGUUUAUUGUACUUUUAUUUGUUGUUAUAUUAUGAGCUUCCCAGAGUCCUUUGGAAGUUGGGUAAACAAAAUAAAUAAAUUGUAGUAAAUUUAUAAAGUUACACUGGGUGAAAAUAUAGACAUGGAAUCUUAAAAAGGUCUUUUAAAAUUAACUACACAUUUCAAAUUUUCUUGUUCUACAUGUAAUUUGAAAUAUUCACAUAGACAUUGAGUUGGAUAGCAUACAAGUUUAAUAAAUCAUUAUCAUCAUCAUUAUUGUGGAAAACUCCUUAUCAGCUUACUAGAGUGUGUUUUAAAAGAUGGAUUCAUAUAUCAACUGUCAAAUGAAUACAUUUCGUGCAACUAUGCCAACACCAAACGAAUUAUUUUAUGAUAUAACCUGAUAGGGGAAACUAGUCAGUAUGUUCAUAGCACUUAAUAUUUUCAGAAAAAUUAUCUGAAUUGCCAAGUUGUUUUUUUUUCUCUAAGUACUUCUAUAGAUCUGUUUAUUCUACUUCUAUAGAUUUGUUUAUUAAACCUUCCUGAAUAAAACAACUUCAGUUUUCUAAAAGGGCAUAUUUUAUGGGGAAAAAAAAAACCUGUUUCUGUUUUGUUUUAGUAUACCAGAAGCUCAACAACUACAGGCAGUCCUUGACUUAUGUCUCUUUGUUUAAUGAAUGGUUCAAAGUUGCAACAGCCUUGGAAAAAGUGCUUGAGAAGCACUUGGAUAGCCAAUGAAAAACGCCAGAUGUUGGUGAACUACAGUUCUCAGCAUCCAUUAUCACUGGCUCUGCAGGGGCUACUAAGAGACGUCCACUUUUUUUUUAAUAUAAGCUCAGUAAGUUGCUGUAGCUGAAACAAUUUAUCUUCUUUACCCUUUCUCAAAAAUAAAUACUUGCUGUGAAAAUGUGGAUAUUCUACUUA